AUGGGUUGUCAUGGAAACUAUGACCAAGACUUUAAAGAGAUCAGCCACAACGAGAUACCAACGCAAGAGGUGCAACUCGGUAACGAAUCCCAGGGGUCCCUGGACCAGUUUAUGGCUAAGCUGUGCAGGCGUCAUCAGAAACAAUUCAUGAGUGUCCUUGGCCACAUGCACAGCGGAAUGGGUCCUGAAUCUGAAUCGGUGGCCAAUGAGGACAUGGCGGCCUCCAACCCAGCGGUUCUGCAACAGCAGCCCAAGGACUCCGGGGAACCGUUACCAAGCCAACCCACCUUCCCAUCAUGCCCUUCCUUUAACCGAGUGGUGCCAACCCAGAAUGAAACCAACUGCACGAAUGUUGAAGAGGACAGGCUGCUUCCCAGCGAGGUGGGGAACGAAAUCUGCGGUGUUACUUCUGUCGAAUCGCCAGCAGCCUUGGGUAGUUCUAGUGGUGGGACUCUUACCAAGAACAGCACAGUUGCGGCUAAGCCCUCUUCAAAAGGUACGUUUACAACUAACUGCAGCAAAACCGUGAGCUUGGAAGCUCUGCAAAACGAAACUGUGAAUAAUAGGAAGUUGAUCAGCAACUCGCUGUUGGGUCUGUCCCCCAGUGGCACUGCUAACCGAUUAGAAGGAUUAAGUUCUUGCAACCAGAAGAGCAAAACGGAGGAGACGGGCUCUGCCAAAGGUCAGAAGGAGGGUCUCCGAGCACUGCCCAUGCAGUUACUUAACCAGCGAAAGAAUUUGGUUAGAAGUCAGAACGGUCCACAUAGCAGUUCCGGGGCGAGUAAACGCGCUCCGGUUCAAGAACACACCACCUCCGCCAAAAGAAAUGUCAAAGGUAAUCAUGUGCUUCCGACGGCAGCGGGUGCAACGGAUUGCUGGAUUCUCUCCAAGUCGAGUGCCAGUGGGCGCGGAGCCAACGGGCACCUGAGGCUGAAGGUGCAGUCCCCUCCCACCAAGGCGGCCAGGAAGAGCACCAGGGUGGCGGUCCCCCGGUCACGUUCCUCCGUCUCCACCAUGUGCCAGUACGUGAACGAGCACGACAACCAGUGCGACAUUGUUUACAUCAGCAAGCCCAUCACGGAGUGCCGCUUCGACGGCCAGCGGUCCUGGUCCUCCACGAGGAAGACGGCCAGGAAAAGUACCCGUGGCCACCUCUGCAACGAGGAAUACUGGGAGCUGAAGACGGUCCGUACUUCGGCCAAGAACUCAACCAUAGAAGUAGGUAGGGAGACCUGCGCUCCCAAAGUGCCUGCCCCAGUGACCCUCAAGCCAGUGAUUACACUGCCUGUUAGUGUGCCCGUCGCUGGCGCUCCAGUGGCGAUUGGGACUGGCGUUCAUUGUCCAAAGGGGCAGGAGAAAACAUUGCUGAUGCAAGACCAAGUUCAGGGGCUCGAGGAGAGUCUGAACAAUUACUCGGCAAACAGUGCAGAGCAGCUCUUCGGCACGAGUCCGACCUGCCGAUUGCAGGAGGCCAGUCUGUCUUCUAUGAAUGACAACAGUCCGCAAGGGGAACAGAAGAGGCCUGCUGCCCACGCUGACAGUCCCGUCUCUGAAAAUUGCCCGGCGGAAAUCGGGGCCAUGGAGGUUCCAAACAUUGACACGAGCGAGCGUGUCGUGGUGCCGGCCGAAUCCAGAGAUCAGAGCAACAGCUCGCCAGCCGCUUAUGUGAACGUUGAACCAUGCGAACAGCUUCUGGAGGAAUGCAGGGACACAGAAUGGGGUCUUUCCACACUGGACAAAUUGAGUAAGGACAGCAAUGAGGUGAAGUGCAAUUCACCAGCAGACAGUAAGAGUUCUCCCAACCACUCAGAGGCCAUUGUGAAUAAUGGGAGCCAAGAGCUGUCCAUGUCCUCCUUAGAGAAUGCCAGUAUCAGUCCUGUUGACAGUAUUGAGAUCAGCCUUUCUCCUCGAGAGCAAUGCAACAAGCAGAACAACAGUAGCAGUGAAAUCUUAAACGGCGACUUGGGAAAGGUGAGCAAUAAUGUCUGCAAGGCAACCGUGGAAUCCCAACAGCCUGAAUGUUCAGUCGAGAAUGUUGAUACGGUAAAGGUAGAAAAAUUGUUGAUUGAGAAAGAAGAUUCCAAAGGAUCGCCGGUUACACUGCGUCCUCCGUCUAAACCAGUCGCUUGUUCUCCUGAAGCCAAGAGCGAUUUGCAUCCGCAGCCAGCUUCCGCAUAUGCAAGCAAAAGGAGGGGCAGUGACUCGGGAAGGUCUACCCCGGAGAUGGUGGGAAGGUGUAGUGAAGGAACUGAUGGCAUUGAGUGCCACGUGACACCGAGCAGCCCGUGUUGGACGGAGAUAAAGCAGGAAGACCUUGGAGCAAAUGCACCCGAUCACAAGAGGAAAGAAGAUGUUAUGGCCGAGAGAUCUCUGCAGCCCGGGAGGAGUAUCAGUCCCAAUAAAGAGGAGACGCCUAUUCCAGAUGCCUCUGUAAAGAAAAGGCAACGUAAAAAAUUGGUUCCCGCUUCUACGGACAGGCGCUUAAGGAGUCAACAAUCGCAGCCGCAGACUGUGGCCAGUCCCGGUGAUACUGUAGAGAAGCCAUUAGUUUGUGCUGAUGGAUUACUCGUACCCUGUCUCAACGUGAAAUUCCCAAGGAAUCAAGGGGAGAAGAAGUACAGAAGGGAAGUCUGUAUCAGCAGAGUGGCGUCUGUUCAGUUUCCUGUGGACUGCUUCAACAAAACCCUGCUGCAAAGCAUCAUUGACCCCGAAAGCAAGGUUGACGAAUCUCUAGCUUCCACUUCUGUGAAAGAUGGUGGCAAGACGGGACAGCCAGCGGCCAAGCCGGCCUCCAGCGAUCUUCCAGCCAAGGAGUCGGAGAACCCGGAAGACGACGAAUUGAUUAACGACGCUUUUCUACCUGAAAACGUGCUCCUUGAACCAGGUCGAAUUCUCGAGGUCUGCGUAGAUGUACAAUCGGCUGAAGAGAGGCAAGUUUCCUUUUCCAAUCAAAAUGCUGAAGCCGAUCGGGUUUCCGACAACUCCAGUGGCUCCGUGGAUGAUGGGUCUGCUGCUAGCCAACAGCAGGCCAGUUCACGAAGGACUAAUACCCACAAAGAAAGCACAAAGCGGGCAGGCGCUGGCCUUGUAAAGAGACUGAUCAAUUUUGGAUCUCCGCAUCAAACAGCUAAAGGAAUACACGCAAAACUGUCACCAGGGGACAAGAAGACUGCUUCUCAUGACUUGAGAUGCUCGAAUAUGCCCAUCAAUGAGCCUGAAUCGAGUGUGUUGGAAGAGGACGUUGAGGACACAGAUAAUAAGCUGCCCACACAAGAUAUCCAGGAGGAUGAAGCAUCUGAGUUAGUUGGCAUGAAUGAUGCUGAUGCUACUGAAGUGAGUCGGCCAAAAUUUUUAGACUGGUGCUCUGAGGAUGAAAACCAAGAGCUAAUCACCACCUUGAAUGCAAAGUAUGAGAGUCUUCACAAAUCCUGGAUUCAGAUGGAGAAAGAAGGGCCGGUGAUUCACAAGGCCAGAUCCAAGUCUGAUCGGCUUAAGGAAAUUUGGAAAAGCAGGAAGAGGGCGCGGAAGGUCAGAAGUUUAUACGACCACAAAAUAUCUCCAGCGCAGAAACUCUUUGUGGCCAACUUCAACAUGGCCAACAUCUGCAAGUGGUUCAUGGAGACGACCGAGACCAAGUCUCUGGUGAUCGUCAAGAACGUCAGUGCCCGGAAUCCGGUGGUGACCAUGAAACCCAAGAGCUUUCUGCAGAAGAGCUCCAUGAUCGGCAUUUUCCCCAGUCCCCAAGCUGAGCGGCUAAAGAAGCAUCUGAAGAAGUUUGCCAUGGCCUCCCCUGCUCGAAAUAACCCAAAGACCCGCGCGCUGCUGGACAACAUGCGGAGGAUCGCUUUGGCGCGAGGUGAGCGAGUCGGGCAACAGCAGCAGCAGGACAUGUUGCCCGAUGUUGAAGAUGACCUGUCCACUGGGGACCGCUUCCCGGCCAAAAUGCUGCCAGACUGCCAAGAGGAAGGAGAUGGUCCCUCUUUGAGUCGGGGGGUGCCCCAACACUCCAAACACAUGGGGCUGAAGAAGCCUGUCAGCGCCUGGAUCCUUCGGAAGUACUCUAACAUGAUGGGCAAAUUCCACAAGUUUCAGCACGGCAAGGAGCAAGCUGGGAGGAAGAACCCAGGCAAACACAAGAGCGUUUGCAUGAAUCCCAUGGUGUCGCCCAAGCUGACAUCACAGACCCAGCUAGAGUCGCCCAAGGAACCUCUGCCCGUCGUCCCUGGCAGACCAGAGGAGAGCAAAGGCAAGAGGAAAAGAUCCAGGGACUCUCCAAUCAAGGAACCCAGCUUGGGGCGGUCCGGGCGGUCCAGGCGCUCCAAGUCCGAGGCCGUCCCUCCGUCCCUUCCGUCCAAGCCUGCACCCAAGACCGUCCCAGCCAGCCAGAAACCCAAAGCCGACGGCACCUCCAGCAAGUUGCCGGCUCCAAGGAAAUCGGGCAGCGGUGCAAAACCCAGCAGGCUGCCCCUGAAGGCGGUGAAGAGGUCCCCCAGUGCUGGGCUGAAGAGCGUCGCGAGAGGCAGGGGCAAGUCUGACGCUCGAGAUGGAGGCAAGGGCAAACGGCUCAGGGCCAAGAGGAAGGGCGGUGUGGGCAGAGAGCAGCGGGCGAGGCAGGCCCAGAGCAAGGUGGGGUCCCCUGCAGCCAGGACCAAGCAGCGGGACAAGACCCGCGCUAAACUUAAAGCCAAGGCGGCCGCCCCUGCCAAGCACAGGCCCAAGUGCGAAGUCUCACCCGAGGCCAAGCGCAAAAAGAAACGGAAACUCAGCGGCAAGACUGAUCCGGUUCCCAACAAGCGCAGGAGGACUGAUGCUAAGUGAUACGUUUGCCCACAGGGGCUCUGUAAAUUAUUGUGUCUUUAACAACAAACAAAAAUACAGUCCGAUGCAGAAAGCAGAACUUGUCGAAGCUGCUUUUAUAAUCUCGAGGCGAGCCUUUGGAAUCACAGAGGAAAGAACUCGACCGUGAUCCUAAUUUUAUUUUUCUAAGCACGUAAGCAGAUGGCUUGUAAAGAAAAUACAGGGAGCUCUCCCCUCCUGCUCCCCACAACUGUGAAUAGUUUUUAUACUGUGCUAAAAAUGGUAUUGUUUUCUUUUGCCUGUUUGGUUUGAUUUUUAUAUUAUAUAUAUAAAAAAGAAUUUCCAGGCUUAGAAUUGAUACAAGAGCUGUAAACACGAAUUGAAAAGAACAGUGCCUUAUUUAAAUGCUGAGAAGAAAAAGUGAUUUUUUUUUUUUGGUGUGUGUAUCUGAGAUUAAAGGCUUGCAUUGACAAUGGAGACUUGCUCUGUACUUGUUGCAACUCCACCUGGAGUUUAAAGAAAGCUUAGCCUCAUAUAGAAUGGUGCAGCACACAGGAAGAGGCCAUUCGGCCCACCAUGUCUGUGCUGGCUUUUCAAUGGAGUUCGCCAUUUUGGACAAUCCCCCUCCCCAACUCCCCAACAAACCACCACUCCAAAAUUUCUCCUUUGAGCCCACUUUUGAUCACUCUGGGCAGUGCGUUCUAAAUUGCGUCAGCUUGUUUUAAAUGAUAAAAGAAGCAAUUCUCCAGCGUUUCUGUUCCUUGCCUCUCAUUUCCACUUUACUUUCUGCCCUUGCCAGGUUUCUUUCCACUUCGAUUUUGAACGUUCCCAUUUAGGUCUCCUUGCUCUAAGGAGAAUCAGCCCAGUCUCUCAUCUUGGAUAAAAUUAUACAAUUAAAGGAGGAAUACUAUCAUGGGGUUUAAAUCACAUGGCGGGUCUCCAGCUGAGAAAACCAGAUAGAGUCAUACAGCACAGAAACAGGCUCUUCAGCCCAACUCGUCCUUGCCGACCAUUUAAGCUAGUCUCACUUGCCUACGUUUGGUCCAUAUAAGAUUAUACGUUAUAGGAGAAGAAUUAGGCCAUUCGGCCUUUCAUGUCUACUCUGUCAUUCAAUCAUGGCUGAUCUAUCUUUCCCUCUCAACCCCAUUCUCCUGCCUUUCUCCCCACAACCCCUGACACUCUUACUAACCAACAUAAUUCCUUAUCCCUCAAAACAUUUCCUAUUCAUGUACCUAUCCAAGUGCCUGUUACCCAUCACAAUUAUGGCACCUGAGGCAUUUCCUGUGAACUCCCUGGUUCUACCCUCUCCAUCACUGCAGAGAGCACGAAAUGACAAUGUUUCACCUCUCCACUUGAACUGUCUUGAGAAGCAGGUUCUUAAACCAAUUUGGCUCAUUACUCUGAAGGAUUAUGGGAAGUUUUGUUACCUGCAGCAAGAUAAAGUCCUCCACUGGGGAUUUCUCCACUGCGCUCCCAUUUCCCAAUGCUUGUAGGGUCAGUCCGAGUGCAAUUUAAUUCCCCAUCAACCCUGUUCCGAAGAACGGUCCUGACCUUAAACCAUCUAUCCAUUUUCUCCAGAUAUGCUGCCUGACCCGCUGAGUUACUCCAACAAUUUGUGUCUAUCAACCCAAUUCUUCCUUUUCCAGACCUUGUCCAUCCUGCAUCCUACUGACAUAAAAUGUCUAUGUUCUUUACUAUCUACACCUCAAUCCACUGUUUCAAAGGCUGGAUAGUCUUGAUUUUUGGCUGCUUUCCUCCAGUUCUUGGGAUCAUUCUGCCCCAUCUCUCCAUCUUCCUCACUGGUGAGGAAUUAGCUUGGGCCAUUAUGGGCUCCACCCUUGGCCAACAUUAGACCCUUAUGGGCUCCACCCUUCCUUGGCCAACAUUGGGCCAUUUUGGGCUCCACCCUUCCUUUGUUUAUCCGUAUGUGGUCCUAAUUUGUUCUAGCCUUUUCUUACCUCUAGUUCCCUCCCCUCUGCUUUCAGUCUGAAGAAAGGUUCUGACCAAAACAUCACCCAUCCUUUUUCUCCUGAGAUGCUGCCUGACCCGCUGAGUUAUUCCAGCACUUUCUGUCGACCAUACAUUUUAAGCCUGACUUACUUGAUGGUCUGAUGGGCCGCUGUAUGAAUGUCUCUUCGUUUGUAGGUGAGUGGUGACAUCGGAGGGCAAUUUAUGGGGAGAAUAAAGAUAAGGCUAGUGUUAGUGCUCUAAGCAAAGAGUUAUGGUUUCCAUGUUGUAUGGUUCUGAGAUUAGUUAUGUGGCACUUUUUAUUGCUGGCUAAGGACUUAACAUUGUGAAAUUAAUAGUGGGUCGGUCAUACCUGUAGUCGUAUAAUAUGGAAAUAGGCCAUUUGAUCCAAUUAAUUCAUACCAACCAGGCUAGUGUUUUCACAUGCCUUAUUAUCUCUGUGUUCACUUCAAACCCACUCCCUCCCCAGAACCAUUCAGUACAGAUCAUUUGGCCAAUCAUGUCUGUGCUAACUCCUUGGAUUCAAUUUGUGUGCACCUGAAUUUUCCCUUGAAAGAUCUUGCAUGGGACUUGAGGAUCUGCGACACAUCUGUGGCGAGAUUGGUCUAUUGCUCUUUCAAAGAACCAGCAUAGGCAAGAUGAGUUGAAUGGCCUCUUUUUUCGCACUUCCCUGAUAGUUAGCCAGCUCUUUGGUUCUCUUAUCAUGUAUGUGCUUGUGUGGCUGCUAAUUCCCAACAUCCCCUUGAGAUGGUGGUAGUGAGCUACUAUCUUAAAUCAUCGUAGCCUGUGAAUUGAAGGUGUUAAAUGGGUCUAGUUAGGUAGCGAGUUACAGGAAUUGAAGUGUCUUUUCCCAGCAUUAAAAACCCUCUGUGUUCUCAUAAUUAGUCUUGUUCACUGAAGUCCUCUGUGAUAUCUGAGAAGCGAGUUACAGGAAUUGAAGUGUCUUUUCCCAGCAUUAAAAACCCUCUGUGUUCUCAUAAUUGGUCUUGUUCACUGAAGUCCUCUGUGAUAACUGAGAUAACUCCAUGUUAUUCCGAAGAUAGACACAAAAAGCUGGAGUAACUCAGUGGGACAGGCGGCAUCUCUGGAGAGAAGGAAUGAGUGACGUUUCGGGUCGAGACCCUUCCUCAGACUGGUCAGGGAAAAAUGGCAACGAGGGAUAAAGACGAUGAUGUAGAGUGAUAAAGAACAAUGAAUUAAAGAUAUGCAAAAAGAUAACGACGAUAAAGGAAACAGGCCAUUGUCAUUUGUUUGUUCAGUGAAAACGAGUAGCUGGUGCGACUUGUGUGGGGGAGGGAUAGGGAGGGAGGGAAUGCCGCGAAUAGUUAAAGUUAGAGACAUCAAAAUUCAUACCGCUGGGCUGUAAGCUGCCCAAACGGAAUAUGAGAUGCUGCUCCUCCACUCUUGACAAUGGAGGAGACCUAGGACAGAAAAGUCAGUGUGGGAAUGGGAAAGAGAAUUAAUGUGUUUAGCAACUGGGAUAUAACCAUAUUAAAUCAGGCACUUUGUGUUUUGCUUAAGAUUCCAGCAUCUGCUUCCUUGUGUCUCCGCUUUCCUGCUGUUACUCUGACUAUUUGAACGUCAUAGAAUUCAAUCACUUCACCUUCAGUUGCCAAGGGCCAUACUUCUGGGAAUCUCCCCUCAAAUGUUUUAAUCAGUCAUAUAGUGUGGAAACAGGCCCUUCGGCUUAACUUGCCUACACCGACAAACAUGUCGCAUCAACACUAGUCUCACUUGCCUGCUGUGCUUGGCCCAUAUCCCUCUAAAUCUGUCCUAUCCAUGUAACUAUCUAAAUGUUUCUUGAACAUUGAGAUAGUACCAGCUACCUCCUCUUGCAGCACAUUCCAUACGUCCACCAUCCUUUGUGACAUAAGAAAACAACCUCCUUGAACAAUCCUGUAAGCAUCUACCUAAAUAUCCCUGGUGUGUUUUGCAAUCAAUUUUUAUAUUUGAUAAUACCCCACGUUAAUCCUUGGGAUGUUUGUGGCAUGUCAGAGGAGUGGAAAUUGUGUUGUAAUGGUUGGUAUGACAUUGUAGAACAUUCAGCCCAUCCUGUUUAUGCUGUGUUAGUUGGGACCCUUCUUCAGACAUUGAAGGGUCCCAAUCAGCCUGAAGAAAUGUGUAGGAAGGAACUGCAGAUGCUGGUUUAUACCGUAGACACAAAAUGCUGGAGUAACUCAGCGGGACAAGCAGCAUUUCUGGAUAGAAAGA